GCUGUCUUUGCUCUGCACAUGGGUGCCUCCACAGGCACGAGGGUGGUUCCCAUUUGAGAGGGUGGAAAUGCCCUUUCUGAGAGCAGAGAUCAAUCAAUAAUAAAUAGCUGAAGAUGAUACUGAAGCCUCCAAUCCGCAGGGAGGUCCUAGCUUAGUAGUUUUCUCCUCUAUGAGUUUUUUUUUCCAUGGAAGCCAUGACACUGUCCCUCUGAAACCCAGUCCCUUUCUUGUAUUCCAGGAAGUGGGCUCUCUCAUGCGUUGUUUCGGUCAUCUCCCCUCAACUCUUUGGUACAAGGCCUCUUUGUGAAGAAUGGCGACUUCGUCUUUCCGCUAUGGAGUGACCAUCACCGGGGCCGUGCUGCUGGUGACGGGGACGCUGUGCUUUGCCUGGUGGAGUGAUGGGGAGAUAGGCCCCGUGGCCGACAGCGGGGCUCAGCUCGUGCCUCCCCGGGAAGCCGAGGCGGUCCCCAGCUCCUCCUCCAACGCGCUGCUCCGCUCCGUCAGCUUCUUCUGCUGCGGCAUCGGCGGCAUCCUCCUCCUCUUCGGGCUGCUGUGGUCCGUGAAAGCCAACGCCAGGGUGGUGUCCCGACGCUACCAGUACCACUUCCCCAGGGACCUGCAGUACUUCACUGCGGAGCCCCUUGAGAAAUGGAACUGCAGGUUAGUGCAAGGCUCCUGCGUGGGUGCUGAGAUGGGAAAAAGAGCCAGGAAUAAAUCUAGGCUGGAAAACAGAAGAAAGCUUUCUGAGCUGAGGAGCCCUGAGGUUCUGGAACAGCCACUGACAGAGCAAAAAGAAAUCCACUACUUUUUUAGGAGCUUGCUCUGCUUGUGAGAGGGGUUAUAAUGUCAACUCUACGGAGAGACCAUACUCCAGCAGCUCCUGCUGGUCCUGUUCCUUCAGUGAGCAACACAAGAUCUUUUAUAUUUGAGUUCUCAUUGCUUACCAGGGUGUCCAUGACCACAAGAUAAGCAGCAUUGACCUUUAAGUGAGAAUACAGUUAAACUUGCCCCUUAAGCCGGGUUCCAAGCACUGCGCACCAAGGACACGUACCUCACCACGUACCUCUUAGCUACCGCUCUGGUGUUGCUGGCUCUUUCAGCUUUUAUGAAAAGCUCUGUUGCUUUUUCUAAUGCCCAAGCUGCUGGAAUCGAGUCCGUGGCAGCAGAGGAGGUUGUGAAACGAGACCCAGCAGGAAACUGGAGAACCCAGCUCCUAAGGGUUGAGUGCUUGGCCCGGCAGUUCGACUGCCUGUCCCGGCACUGUCCUGUCCCUAAUGUAGGGACAGGGACCAUCUCCUGCAGAUACUCUCAAGCUUGGUCUCAGUAAAGGGCAGAGGAAGAACUGUACUGACGCUGCUAUGCUGGAGGUAGCCUCAAUGGUAGCGUUGGAGACAGCCCAGCAGUCAGCCCAGUCCUCUUCCGGUGGGUGGGAAUUCAGUCCAAGGAGCUUCACUUUGCAGCCGCUGGCAGUGGAGGUCUGAUUGCAUUGCCCAGUCACUCUCCCCACUGCACAGCACAAAUCCCCUCUCCCUGGUUUUGCAGCAAGGCUGGGCCUGUGGCACUGAUUACAACAGAUACCGCUUUCGGCCCAGGAAAUCCCAGGGUGUUCCUGUGCCUAGUAGCAUAUUUCGGGGUAAUCAUCCUCGCCUUCGAUCCAGGUGGCAAAAACCUUUGUUUUUCCCAGGGAGUUCACUAGUUUAGUUUUUUGGUCUCUGGUAUGCUGGACAGGUCUAUACCUGUCUCCGUAUGUUAUCUUUAAUGGAAGCAAAAUGUAUUAAAAAAAAAAAAAAAGAAAACUAAUCAUCA